GACUGUCCAUAAAUCAAUGAAUUGGAAUCAACCAUUGACAACCAGUCAGGUCACCCGUGAUACAAGUCAGUAUUCAAUGUCCAUCUAUGUCUGAGGAUGUUGGGAAAUGAAGUGGAACCUGGCCACUAGGGGCAACAGUGAGCGCUGUUACCUUCGAGAAGGUUUCAGUUUUACUCGGGCGUUGGGGAUGGCGUAAGCAUCUGCCCCUGAUGCCAAAGGCUUCAUGUUAGAAUCCAACAAUAAAGUUGUUUUCUGUAUUUUAGUUUUAAGCCAUAACCAUUUGGAGUGAAUGCCUAACCUUAAACAAUUCAGAAGUUGAUGUUUUGAGAAACAUGGAUGAACAUCUAAUUCUGACGUGAGAGCUGGUAGACGUGUGAAAUGCCUUUCUUGAAGGUCUAACCCCCAACAAUUCAGAAGUCAAUAACAAUGUAAUACUACAAAAUAACGUAGAACAAAAAAUAUAGCAUACUAUAUACAGGCGACUUUCUCUGUAAGCAGCGAAGCAAGAGAACUUCACUGAACUUUCUGUUUUCCCCGUUAACACUAAAAACCUUUCUUUCUACUGUUUGAAUUGUGAUUGAAUCAACACUAUUAGCCACUUUCAAUGCAGCGUACCGAAACAAAACGAACCACGCAAGAGUAAAUGGCUUGUUUUGAGGAACAUGUAGCGACACGUGUUCAAAAUUAGCAAAGGAUAAUUGGUUAUGAGCCCAGUUCUAGGUAAUUUGUAGUCAGCAAUGGGGGAGUGAUUGCUUCCUACAAGAGCACAAAACGCAUUUCUGGACAUCUUUGAAAAGCUUUUUUAGAUUUAAUUUUUUUGCUUAAAUGGGUAGUGUUGUAUUUUGACACAGGCAUGAAUAAGCUAAGUAGACAAUAGGCAGAGAGUAGCAUCAGUGAGUAUGUCUGGUCUGCUGAGUGCAGAACACUGAGGCUGUACCCACUUAAAACUAAAGUGGUCAAGUAGGCUACUGUGACUAUUUCAUUAUAAUGAAGGCUUACUAGAGGGGCUUACAAUCAAAAACAAUGAAGACGAUGUAUCCCAUUACAUUUUAACAUGGAAAUAGCUGUUCUAUCAUUCAGCCUACAGUAGCAGCUAAUGUGUGGUGUUCAAUGUGGGCCUACAUUCCAUGAGACUUUUGAAAAAAAAAAUGCAGGGCUUGACAUUAACCUGUUUAUCCACUUGUCCUUCAGACAAGGUGACUGAAAAUGUUCUGGUGUUUGAUAGAAGAAGCCACUUUACAAAAUAAAAUGCAUUGUCACUAUAUGUAGCUCUCGCUUUGAUUUCAAGCACAUCUACUCAUGACUGCUCAUGCUGUCAACACAGUUCAGUUCAAAGUGAAUGGCACAGAUCUAUAUAUGGCAAUGAAUCUGUUUGCAUAUAGGCCUACUGCAGCUCUGAUCUGGUUAUUUCGCACGGGUCUGUGUAGAGUAUGGGUCGUGCCUGUCAAUGCUAUAGAAUUCUACUUUGAUGCGUUCUGCCUACAACAAUCUCUUGCAUAGAUUGUUUUUUAUUUCGAUAUGUUAAAUUGAAAGUGGCUAAUAUCGUGUUGAUUUGAUCACAACUCCCACAGUAAAUGGGAAAUGUGGAUAUGUAACACUAAGGGGGAAAACUCGAAAAAUUGAGUGAUGUUCAAUCUCAUGCUUCUCUGUGUGCACUGAUAUAUCUUCUGUGCUGCAGUCCCGGGGGAGCUGCGAGCAAGCGCAGGCAUGCAGCUCAGAGGGAACAUUGGUUCUGAAUACAAAGCAUUAUGUUUGGGGCAAAUCCAACACCACAUCACUUCAUAUUUUCAAGCAUGGUGGCUGCAUCAUUUAUGGAAGCCAGGCACCGCCCAGAAACAGCCCCCUGUGACCCAGAAUAAGUGGUUGGUGGGAAGGAAUCCUCCACAAGAAGGCGGUUGUGACCCUCCGGAUGGGGGGAGCGUGUCUGAAUUCAUUAAGAAGUUUGAAGCUAAAGAGGACCAGAACAAGCAGCUGGUGGUGCGUUGUCCUGUUGGUCCGCCUGCCGUCAUCUACAGGGAGGACUCCGUUCCCCCUCUCUACGAAAAGGUUUUGGCGACGCAGGAAACUUGUGCGUUUGGGUCGCCUGCCUUUGUUGACAGAGAAGAAUCCAAUGACUAUAUCUAUGAAGAGGUUUUUGCUACGCAUGAAACUCGUACGGUAACAGUUCAACAACGGAUAUGUGCAACCUAUGUUAACUGUGGAAGGCCACCUCCUCCGUUGCCGUUAAAGCAGUCACUCCCUCUGAAAGGCAGAAUCAAAACACUCUCAAAAAGCAGCAUUAGUGAAGAGGAAAAAGAUAACAUCAAGGAUGCAGAUCGUCUGAUGGAAUGGUGGGAGAAGGUGAAAAGUGAACCAUGGAAAGAUCUGUCUAAAGACCCUAAACUGGCCAAGAAGGGAGAGGCAAAACUGUUCAAAGAGAAAGCCCAGCGGUUCCAGAAUGCAUUGCAGUUGUACAGCCUCCUCCUGACUAAGCAUGGGGAGACCCUAAAGAACCACAUCAUUGACCUCAUCAGCAUCGCAGACAACUUAGACAAGGUUUCCAAGGGAACCAAGAUUGCUGGCAUCACCGGGGGCGCCACGGGGGCGGUUGGAGGGGUGGCGGCUGCAGCAGGGGUGAUCCUCGCCCCCUUCACCCUAGGGGCAUCACUGGCCUUGACAGUGGUCGGUGUCGGUGUAGCUGCAGCUGGAGGGGUCACAGGGGCCUCUGCAGUUAUUGCUAACAAAGUGAGCAGUGCACAGGACAGGAAGAAGAUUGAGUUGAUCCUCCAGGACUACCUGGUCCUGAUGGGUGACAUUGAAGCCUGCUUGAGGUUCAUCAACGUGGGCAUGGAGCACCUGAGGAAGCACAACCUCUCAACCCUCCAGGAGGUCGACACAGAGGCCGUCAGAGUGGUCAGGGUGGCCAUAGUGACAGGAGUGGGUAGCUCCAGUGCCAUAGAUGCCAGCAGUAAGGCAUCGGGGAUGCUCCAAGGCUUUGCUCUGGGCAUGGAUAUCUAUUUUACCCAGAAGGAGGAUGGCAAAGGUGGCCCGAAGCUGAGGAAGGGAUUGGAGUCCAAGUUUGGGAGAAAGAUACGCGAAGUGGCUCAGCAGCUGAAUGAAGGGCUGGAUGAAGUGAUCAAGGUCAAAUAUGAGCUAGUUGAAAAUAAUCUCAUCCUAUGAAGAAAGGGAAAGUGGAUACCUAGUCAGCUGCUCAACUGAAAUGUCUUCCGCAUUUAACCCAACCCCUCUGCCUUAAUCGACAGCCCUACACACACAAAAAUGUGGUUUCCUCAAGGCUUCUUUGGGAAGGGUGAUGGUUCCAGUGAUAUUUAAGAUGUUGGUGGCAGCUCAUUGGACUUGAUGUUAUGCGAUUACAUGAUUAAGGUCAGUGUCUUGUGAAUUGAGACUGGUUGACAGUCAGUAGUUCUCAAUUCUCUCCUCAGGGACCCUGAGCAGUUCCAGUGCUAGCAUACUUGAUUCUGUUAAUAGACACAAUAGUAAAAACCGAUGGAAUUUUAAAAAUAUAACAUUGCUAUUAAACCAGAAUAAAUAACCUUUUGAGAUCAUUCUCCAUGAAGUUUCUAUAAAUGACCAUAAGGGUUGUAACCAUAACGGAACCCUUUGUCUAAAACUUUUUUGAAAUUGUUAUUCAUAGAACAUUUUGGUAUGUUGUCUACCAGGUUUCAGUUCACUACCAGGUUUCAGAAUCACUGCAACAUUUUCCAUUGUCAAAUCUAUUGUCAUAUAAACCAAUGUUGUGAAUAAAUAAAUAAUUAGAAGACA